AUGUAUCGCCUCACUACAGACGAAAUGUGUCCAGAUUUUUCCCAAAGGUGAUGUCUGCUUGGGUUUUGCAAUGCUAACGAUACUCAAUAAAACAAUAAUAAAACGUGGUUCGAUGAGUUCUAUCCAAUCAUAUGUAGAUAAAACAAAAAAUUUGGUUCAAUUUUUGAACUGCCUUCACCUUUACUUCGAUCUGCCAAUCUUGUUCUUCUCUUUUUCUUUGGAAGUAAACUGAAUUGGAUCGAAAGAUGUCGAUUUGGUUCGAUCUAUUUCGAAACUGAUAGUAGGGUAUUUAGUUCAACAAGUUAUGUACGACUUCGUAAUGCGGGCCUUAAUCAAGAGAAUAGAUAUCCCAUGCAUCAUGUUUUUUAUCUUUGUCACCCGUCAGCUAAAACAAUGUGAGCAAGUUCGCGAUCAAUAUUUCUGCUGUCAGUCACU